UCUGUAUACUUACAGAGACAUGGACAUGCUUUCCUCGAUCGUCCUGUUUACUUAUUUCUGGAAUGCCGUGGCCGGUGGAUAUGGAAGAGGAUAUAGUGAAAAGAAUUAUGAUAUUUCUCUGAAGACCAUUUCUUUCGACGAUUAUGGAGCCGAAUGUUCGGUGGCAUACACCAGCACCACACUCAGCAGUGUUGACUCCGUGUGGUUUGUCAAUGGCGUUCCUAUUUUGUAUGAUGAUGCUGAUUGGCUUGUCGAAGAGAACAGUAAAACUCAGUUUACCUCAACUCUGAAAUCCCGACGAAAGCUUAGAUCGAGUGAGGUAGAAAACAAGGCCAUCUAUGUGAACUUUUACAGCUCCGGUUGCAAAACUACCGUUGAUUUUGGAAGCAAAAGGAAGUCCAUAAGAGCUGAAUACAAAGUGUCUACUAAUUCUGAGUUCCUGUACAUUUCCCCACGCACAAAUUCAUGGACUGGUGCCGAGGAAUUUUCUACAAGCACGGCUAUUACUAUCAAGAGCACUAGAACCAAGAAAGUUGAAAAGAAAAUGCAGUGGGAAAUAGUACAUUUGUCAAAUGGAUAUCAAAAAUACGCACAAAAUUUACCAAUCCAAGAGAGUUCGCUUACUAAAUGGAAGUACUUCGGACCGUCAAAUGCCUUCAUAUUUGCGAGGCUUCAAUUUUCUGCAGUUGUCAAAGGCGAUUUCUACGAUCCAUUCAUUGCACUGAAAUAUGUACGAGAUGUCAAACUAUUUUCAAACAGGAACUCGUAUUCAACUCCAAGUAUCCCAAUAACAUAUAUACCUGACGAUACUGUGUUUAAGAGCCUAAACAAGGACACUCGUCUGUACACUUGCUCUAUAUUGGAAGUUGUUCCGAUCUCUAGGAGAAGUUACAUGUACCUGCAGUCCAAUUCAACAGCCACCAGAACAGACUUGCGGUUCUUCCCCUAUACAUACGUUCAUUACGGUUAUCAAACCGAACUGUACUCCAUUGUUAGGGAUCCAGCCCACUUAUCUGAUGAGGCUUAUUGUAAAGCUGCCAGCAAAGGUCCACCAGGAUAUAAUAUAACUAAGGCAUAAGGCUUCGACCUUUUAUUUCUAUGUUGCAUUAUUUUAUAAAUCUUCCUCAGCGUAA